AUGGUUGUUAAAGCUAAGAAAUUUUCUUCAAAGCAUGUUAAAUUAGUUGGUGGUAAGAAGAAGAAGAAAAAGCAAACAUUAAAAUUCAAUAUUGAAUGCAAAAAUCCAUGUGAAGAUGGAAUUAUGAAUAUCAACGAUUUCAUGCUUUUCUUGAAUGAACGCAUCAAGGUUAACGGUAAAACAGGACAAAUGACUGCAAAUGGAGUAUCAAUUCAAGUGAACAAAUCAAAAGUGACUCUAACUUCUGAGAUACCAUUUUCGAAACGUUAUCUUAAAUAUUUGACAAAGAAAUAUUUGAAGAGAAACACUCUUCGAGAUUGGUUAAGGGUUGUUGCUUCUAGCAAAGACACAUAUGAGCUAAGAUAUUUCCAGAUUAACCAGGAUGAUGAGGAUGCGAGUGAAAAUGAAUCAUAA